AUGUUUUGCUAUCAUCCAACAUUUAAGUUUAUUCAAUUGCAUAAAAACCUGUCGGAUACAAUUGAAGAUGGUUCUGAUUUGUAUCGAUUGAAAACUGAGGAUGGUUUUGAAAUUCGAAAACUUUAUUUAAAGCUCUUAAACAAAACGAUUGGAAGCGACGAAUUAAAGUUUUUACUCUCAGUUUAUGGGGAAAUCGAAUCAAUGAAAUUUUUCAGGAAAAAAGGAAAAAUUAAGAAUCGUGGCUUUGUGACCUUCAAAGAUGCUUCAAGUGCAAGUUGCGCCUUGAUUAACAGAAAACAAUUUUCCAGGCUUUUUAUGUUAUUACCAGGAGACACUUGGACUCAACCUGACUAUGAACGAACUCAGAAAACUGAAGAAGAAAAUGGAAAGAGUGAAAUCGAAGCCUUAGAAAUAUUUGAAAUACUUAACGACGAUUGUUUAUUGCAUGUCAUGAAGUUUCUUGACAUUCUCGAAGUGCUGUCAUUGAAACGAGUUUGUGAAAAAUUUGCUGAACUUUGUGAAAUUCAUUUGAAAAGCAUUAAACAAUUAAAUUUUACAAAUAUUCAUGGAAGGAAGAAAUUAACUUUGCACGAAGGAAAGUUAGUGUUGGAAUCAGUUGGUAAAAACAUUUCAAGCUUAUCAAUCAGCAGCGAUAAAUUUUACAAUCAAAGAAUCUUAAAUUUUAUCCCAAAAUAUUUAAAGUCAUUAAAACAUUUACAUCUAACUGGAUUUAAAUUAGAUUGCCCAUCGUUUUGGGAUCAAAUAUCUGUGCUGCUUCCUUCUUUAGAAACACUUGAUUUGAGCGACAACAGUGAAAUCGAUGAAAACUUUUUGAAAUCUUUUAAAAAUUCGAAGCCAUCAUUGAAGUUUUUGAAUGUCACGAAUUGUAAUGUAAAUGGAUCUUUCCUGCCGUUAGUCACAUUUGUAGAGUCAAUAAAUGUUUCAGGUUGCAGACACAUCAAUGGAAAGCAAUUAUUAAUAUUUGUAGAAGAAAAUAAAUCACUCAAAUCAUUGAUCAUCAGCAAAUGUCCGAAUAUUUUUGGUAGAGAUGUUAAUGAAGUUCUUCAGAAUGUUCCACAUUUGGAGUUUUUGUCACUCAAUAAUUAUUACAUUGAUGAAGAAACCUCACGAUUGGUCAUUCCUAAUAUAAAUACAAUUAGAAAUUUAAAACACAUUUUGAUUCAAAAUAUCAACUUUCCCCCUUGUGAUCAAUUAUUGCGAACAAUCAAUCUUGAUAAUUGUAUUGAAAGUUUAAAUAUUUCUUAUGGUAACUUAACAUUGACGACAAUUUAUGCAAUUAGCACAAUGAAACAUUUAAAGAAGUUGGUGAUGAAUUUCAAAAAUUCUGUUCCCGAAGAUCUUGUUGACUAUUUAAUGAAGUUGGAUAAGUUGGAAGAAAUUCACAUGUCUUGUUGUUCUUACAUUUCCCCAGCAAAUGUUUUACGACUUUUAUUAUUGCCUAAUUUGAAAUUUCUUGAUAUUUCACGAUGUUAUGGAUUCUCGAAUGAAUUUGUAUUUGAAGCUUUUAAAAUAUUAAAAGAAAAUCAACCAAGAAAUUUGUUCAUCAUGAACGUUGGUCAAACAGAAAUCGAUCAAAGCAUAAAUAAAACCCCAGAAUUAAAUGGAAGUCAAAAUAUUCUGCAGUUGAGCUGGAAAACAAUGAAAGACCUUGAACAUGAUUACGACAUUGACGAAGAAAACAACAAACUUGAAAAUGUUAAUCAUCAGGAAUAUUUCUCAAUUGACGAUAUUAUCAACAUCCUUUCAAAUAUAGAUGAAUGUGAUCCCAGUUUGGUGGAAAUUAUCAAAAGAAAUCUUUAA